CCAGUACUGGCGAAUAAUAAUAAUAAUAAUAAUAAUAAUAUAAUAUUAUUAUUAUCGUUCGAAGUGUCCCACGAGUAGUGGGGAUACAAUUAUUAUUAGCCUAUAUCGCUCACAGUGUCCUAUGUGGAAGUCGUGUCCUUUUCGAGGAAGGAAUUGGUGGUCGUAUUCAGUGAGAGCCAGUGACAGAGGAUAUUAUUAGUGUUGUUAUCAGUUGGAUUCGAAUUCUUGUUGUUGUAGAAUAAGAUACGUGGAUUCUGCUUCAGUGGUGCGUGUUUCGUGAUUUUGCCCGUAGCUGUCAAUCACUGGAGUGAGAGGGUGGAGCCUAUUGGACGAACGACGCCUGGCGGCCCGCGAGAAAGGGCGAACGUGCGGUGAAAAGCGAGCCAGCGACGACUGCCGAGCGCUGCCAAGACGAAGCGAAAAACGAGAGAGAGAGAGGGGGAAGCCAAACCGCCGAGGGAAUCGACGGGGCUCCGUUUUGAACAGUCAAAAGCGUUUACGGGACGGCGAGGAGUAGUAUCUACCGUUCUUGGGAGUUCCCUUCUCUUUUGUGGGAUAUCGCCGUGUAAUACUUGGUACUUUUUUCUUGUUGGACUAUAGCAGCAAGCCAAGAUCAGGAAUAUCGUCACUGUGGAGUAGUAACCGUCGCCAUGUGUCCGUUCAAAACGGCGUCCCAAGCCGUUUUCUGGACCUUCCUAUUUUUCUGUGUCUUUGAGGGGGAUUUUUCUCUGAUCAUCGAAGCGUGGCACGAUACAAGUUUGGAUAGUCCUAAUCAAGAGUACCGGAGCACGCUCAUCUCCCGCCUGGCCGAGAUCCGCUCUGCAGCCUCGGGGCCCGACUGGUACACGUACGUGCACACCUUCAACUACACGGAGCUCAAGUACGCCUUCCGCUUCACCUGCGACAGCAACUAUUUUGGCGCCAAGUGCGCCGACCUGUGCCGGGCGAGGGACGACAAGUUUGGUCACUACUCGUGCGCGGAGAACGGCACCAAGGUCUGUCUGGACGGCUGGGACGGCGAGUAUUGCGACACUGCUGUGUGCCUGCCCGGCUGUGAUCCUGACAAUGGCUACUGUGACGAACCCAACGAGUGCAAAUGUCGUGUCGGAUGGCAGGGUCAGUUCUGCACAGACUGCAUCCCUUACCCAGGCUGCCAGCGGGGCACCUGCGACAAGCCCUGGCAGUGCAACUGUGACGAGGGCUGGGGUGGUCUCUUCUGUAACCAAGACCUGAACUUCUGCACUCACCACAAACCCUGUCGUAACGGAGGCUUGUGCGCCAACACGGGCCAGGGUAGCUACACGUGCACCUGCGUGGGAAGCUAUGCUGGGGUCAACUGUGAGCGGGAGCUGGACGACUGCAAGAACAAGCCCUGCUUCAACAACGGAGUCUGCAAGGCGGCCGCUGUAUCGACCAGCUGAACGGCUACCGCUGCGUGUGCCCCACCGGCUUCAGCGGGCCCGAGUGUCAGCACAACGACGACGACUGCCACCACAGCCCCUGCCAUAACGGCGGCACCUGCAUCGACAUGAUCAACGACUUCCGGUGCCAGUGUGUGGCUGGGUACGUGGGCACUCUGUGCCAGGACAACGUGGACGACUGCGAGAUGCGGCCCUGCGCCAACGGCGGGCACUGCAAGGACCUCGUCAACGACUUCUCCUGCAAGUGCGCGCCGGGAUUCGAGGGCAAGGACUGCAGCCUUCAGAUCGACGAGUGCAAGAACAACCCGUGCCUCAACGGCGGGAUCUGUAAAGGCGUGUUCGCCGACUACGCCUGCGAGUGUCCGGAAGGGUUCUGGGGUAAGAACUGUCACCUGUAUGAAGGCGCCUCGGUCGGCAACACGGACGCGUGGGACGGCGCGGUGACCAGCCCACCUCCGCUCAGGUCCAACACCACGCCGGUCAACGGAGACUUCUCGGGCCAGGUGGGCUCGGGCGAGGACCAGGACGACGAUGACGGCGAGGGCGUGGGUCUGAGCAAGACGGAGCUGCUGCUCAUCGUGUGUCUGGGCGUGGGCAUUCCGCUCAUCCUGAUCAUCAUCGCCAUGAUUAUCCUGCUCUGCCGCAAGUGCUCCUACCUGCAGCGGCGCCACCACGACCAGCAGAACAUGGAGAACCUGGCCCGCGAGAAGGAGCAGAACUACAUCAACAACAUGAACAACACGAAGUCCACGGAAAUCUUCACCACGCCGCUGCCCUCCUCCUCCUCCAACUCGUCCAGCAUCAAGAUCAGCAACGAGGAGCAGCAGGAUAUCAACAAGCUGAAGGCCAAGCACCUGAUGCUUGCCACAGGGGCAGGAGGAGGAGGGGGCGGGGCCAGCGCGAGCGGGGGAGAUCCCUACGUGGAGAUCUCGCCGGGGAGCUGCAGCAGUAUCAGCGGGGGAGGGGGCGGCAUGCACACCUCCAGCAGCAAGCAGUUUUUCCGUGACAUGGUGCCCAGCACGCACCACCAGCACCACGAGCUGCCCUCCCCCUCCACCUGCUCCGUCUCCUCCACCUCCUCCUCCUCUGCCGCCUGCAACAACGGCGGUAAGGGCGCCCGUGUCCUCCCCUCCUCCACCACUUCACCCUCCACCUUCCUCCCUCCCUCCUCCUCCUCCACCUGCCCCUCCUCCAAAGCUGCCUCCAAUUCGUCCAACAGCAAAGGAGGCCCGAGGGGCAGCGAGAGUGACUAUGACUAUGAAAAACCUUAUAGGAGCUUAGAUGUGGAUUCGCUGCAGGCCGAUACCAGAAGGCCCCUCAG